GGCGGGCGGGGAGAGGCGGGGCCGGUUGGCCCCGCCCGUCCCUCAGGCGCGGAGCGGGCGGUGAGGCGGGAGCGGAGCGGGGAUUCCUGCGCGGGCGUGCGCCGGCGACAGCAGCGGAAAGGCGGGCAGCACCGUACAAAAAGCAGCACCGUGCUUCACUGAACCUCCAGCACUGGCCUAGUUUUGUGUUUGUGCCAGCUCAUUUUCUCCAGAUGCUACAGAGAUGCACGUGCGUUGGUACACCAAAGGUGAAAACUAGAGUUUUGUAAUAAAAGUGGUGCUGUCACUGUUACUGUAUGGACUCUUGCUCAGUAGCAUGGGAGAAGAGGAAGGACUGCAUCAAACACAAUUCCUGCGGCUCCUGACUUCCAUCACGUGUGGAGCUUAAUGGGAGGCAGGAGCUGGGAGCCCCUGCCCCUCUGCGCUGCCUUGUGGACCUGCUCACCCCUGGUUCCCGAAUGGCGCCCUUGGGACCCUGUCCACAUGCUCCUGACCCCUGUAGUACCACACUGGCUAUUCCAGAACAUGGACACAAUGUUUGUGCGAGGAUUAAAGAGAAAAUGUUUUGAUGGUGAAGAAGAUAUUGAAGGGACUCUGGCUGGUAUUAAGGCUAUUCCUUCCUACAAUCUCCAGCGGCAGUCACUCCUAGAUAUGUCCCUGGUUAAGCUUCAGCUGUGUCACAUGCUGGUGGAACCCAACCUGUGUCGUUCAGUACUUAUAGCCAACACAGUACGGCAGAUCCAAGAGGAGAUGACUCAAGAUGGGACUUGGCAGAUGAUAAAUACACAGAGUCCAGGGCAGGCAUCCCUGGAUCGUCUGGUUUCAACAGACAUCCUCUGUCGUUCCUCUAGGGAUCAAGCUGAGGGAAAGCACCUUCCAGCCUAUGGUGCUUUCAGUAAAGACUUUGGGAGUGACCAGGCCCAAGAGAGUUCAGAAACUAUGUCAACAGCCUCUUCAGUGCAAGCACCAAGAAACCUGCAGAGCAACGUGUGGGAAAUGGAGAAUCCACAAGAAAAUAAAGGAAACUUUCAAAAAUCUUUAGAUCAAAUAUUUGAGACGCUGGAGAAUAAAAGUCCUAAUUCUGUUGAAGAUCUGUUUUCAGAAGUUGACAAUUCUUAUUAUGAUCUUGAUACUAUGUUAACUGGCAUGAUGAGCAACACAAAAAUGGGACACUGUGAUGGUCUUGAAACAUUUUCUUCUCCAACAAAUACAGCUUCUAACUCUAAUUGUAAAUCUGAUCUUAAUGACCUUGAUCAUAUUGUGGAAAUCCUUGUUGAAUCCUGAACCUCCUUGUGUAGGGAGUAAAGAUCUGUUAAUGGGAAGAAAAGACUUGAGAAAGCAAUUUCCACAGUUUGUUUUAUCAAAUCUGCACGAGUAUUUUACAAAUAUCUAUAUAUUAUAUAGAUAUAUAUAUUAAGAAGCACUUCCUAUUGCAAAAUAGUGUUAACUCUUAAGUUAACCUGCAACUUGUAGUGUAAUAAUCUGAUUUAUUGUCCACUCAACUGUAAGUACAUACGGUAAAUAUUUUUAUGUUGGAAGUCCAAGGCUCUUGCAAUUGGGUUCCUUUUACCAAUUUGUUUUAGCCUUUGAUGGAUAUCCUCAGGGAGAGGGAUUCUCUCAUCUUCUUAUACUUCUCCCAUAAAAAUGGUAACAGAGAGAGAAGUUGGAUAACUGGUUUCCUAUUUUCCUCUCCAGUUUCCACUUUGUUACACAACAAAACUCCUACCAUACCUGCUGCUUCUAAGUCGCUACAUGGCUCUUAAAGAGCAGUAUGCAAUAAUUCUUGUUAUCCUUGCUAGCUUCUUCUGGGGUUUGCUACAAUUUUUACUUCAAAAAUAGUUUUAAAGUGUUUAUUGGUGUUUAGAUUUUUCCAGGUAUUUUCCUAAAAUAUAUUUUUUACUACAGAUGUUAUGUCAGCUGCUAACUUAGUAACUUUUGAUCAUAUCUGCAGUUGAUGUAUUUUUUGCAAGAUUUUCAAAAAGGGAUGUUUUUUUACCAUGAGCUACCCAAUGUAGUUCAGUAAAGUGUAUGUAAAUGUAAAUAUACAAUUUUAUACUUUGCAUUAAAAUGUAAGAGCUGUUUUCAUGAUUCUGUUUUAUAGAGUAGUACUUUACUAAAUUGAGAAUUGUACAUUUAUGCUUUUCAUACCCACAUACUUGAGUAUCAUUAUAGGAAGAGCUUUGAUCCAGCUAGACACAAUUACAUUUAAUUCAUUUCAGACCAUACUUUUUGUUAACUACAAACCUAAAUGAUGUAGGUUUUUAUUUAUGUGUAUUUAUAUGUAAAUGUCAUCAAGUGAAUUGUUUAUCACUGAAGUCUACCAUCAAAUAUUUGUUUAUAUGAGAUAACUGUCUUGCACUAAUUACUACAAAAAAUGUUAUUAGCGGCCUUUAAGUCUCACUGGUUGGUAUGUCAUGAUGUCUUGUCAUCCACUCUUACCAAGGGUUAUCUCUUGGAUUUUUUUAAUAACAAAAAAUGUAAUACAACAUGGGGUGGUGGUCUUUUCUUCCAGCACAUUCGGUUUAGAGUGUAUAUAACUAAGCUUCUUCCUAGGACACUUUUGUGGGGGAAAGGGAUAAUUUGAGUAUAGGCUAUGAUUUUAUUAUAAAAUAACAAAUGAUUGCCAUCAGAAGCUGCUCCUGGGGAAAAGCCCCCCAAGCUAGCAGGGAAGGGGGGAGGUAAUGGAUUGGUUUCUGGAAAGUGUUGGCCAUGGCUGUGCCAGGGGAAGACAUCUGUCAGUAACGUGGUUGUUUUCUGUAGAUCUGAGCCGAGCAAGCUGCUGAACAAGAAAAGAGAACCCUGCUGUGUGUGGCAGGCUCUGCCUUCCCAUAAGUGACCCUACCUGCGACAGGUUCUCAGACCUGGAAAGGGGAUUGGAGGUGAGGGUGCCAUGAGGAUCACUUCAAGAAUAAGGAGACCACUGAGCUUAUGUACUUUAGAAUCAUCUGCUUUGAGGAAAGAUCGUAUCAUUUAGCUAAAUUUUGCAAAUUCAACAGCUGAAUGCGUAUUGGCUCCAUCUUCUCAAACCAUGCACUUGGUGUGAGUCUUCAGUGAAGUUUGAUGUUUCUUUGUAUUAAAUUUGGCAUAAGAUAACUUGUAGUUGCUGUAGUUAAACUUUGCUUUCUCACUUCAGCUUCAAUUAAUAACUUCAUGUUAAAGGACAAAACAGCAUAGAGACACUUGCAAGUUCAGUCUGUGGGAUAUAGCUGGACCAAGGAGAAGCCCAUGCUUCAUGUCUCAAUCGAGAGAGAUCCCUCAUAGGUAUUGCAGUAAUAAAUGCUGAUUCAGGAGGAUCAAAUAAGAGAUACAAACUGUUUUAUGUUGCAGUGAAAUAAUGCUGGUUUAUUUGGUAGUGUUUUUCGUAGUAGAUUCCUUCAAAAAUUAUAAAUCUGCAGAUAAUUUUUCCUUAUGCUCUUCUCUGUGUGAACCACUGAACUGGAGAGCAGAAUCCUUAGGGUAAAUCAGAGAGCCAGGCAGUUUCAGAGUUUUAUAAAGGGAACAUCAGCAUGGAUUGGAAUAACUAAAUAUCUUCUGUUCCUCUGGGAAACUUUCCCAAAACUGCUCUGAACUGUGUUGAAAAACCACAGGUUUGAGCAAUUACAGCUGUUCCCCUCUGCCCCUAUGCCCUUUAUUUUCAUUAAAUGAGCAAUUUCGUGUUAAGAUAUUUUAAAAAUGCUUAUUCCCCAUCUCCUUAGUGUGCAUCAGUCUGCAUGUUACAGGUAGGAAUCAGUAUAGUUUGUUCAUAACUGUUAAACUGUGUAUGUCAAAUGCACAUGUGUGUGUUUUUUACUGUACAAAGCAUGGAGCUGGGUGCAUUCCUUUACUGAGGACAUUGUGCCUAGUUAUGACAAUUUAUAAAGAUUACUUGGCUUAACAGGAAAGGUGUUACGUGGUAAGUAGGCAUUUGUGGAGUUAAGCAUUUAAACAGAAAUAUAUAUCCUAUUUUAUUACAUUCUUAAAACUUAUGCCAAGUCUUAUGUGCUCUUACAAGCCUGAUAUCUUGGCUCAGCAAGUAUAAUAAUUGGUAUUGCUGGAACUUGCACAGUCACCAUGCAGAACUGAUGGGUGCCUACAACUGGUCUGACUUUGCAGAGACCAGUCUGUAAAAUUAGCUUGUCUCCCUAUUGCUUUAAUAAUGUGUCUCAAUCUAAUUCAACUUCUCACGCUUCACUACUCCUGGUAAAAAAAACCAACAACAACAAAAAUAAAAACCACACAAAACAAAAAAA